AUGUCCUGUAGUAAUAUAUUCGACUGUUUACCUUCUCCUUCCAAAGUUCUUCGAAAGUCGAGUGGUAAAGCGAAGCUUGCCAAUUCUUCGAACAUGGACGAAGAUAAUUUGGCUUACGGUACGAUGGAUACUGAUCGACCCGAGGCUGCUGCUGGUAGUAAUGAACGCAUCGAGAGACCUAAGAAUGAUAGAAGAAAAACUACCUACACUUUCCCCAUCAAAAUUAUGCCAUCACCAAAAUCUUCCACUACAUCCGGCACCAACCUCACCCCAGAAUUCACAGAAUUCGAUACCCAAGCUUACUACAAUGAAUCCUUGGAUUACAACUAUAUUUCUUCCCGCUUCGCCUUUUCCCUCGGUUUAAAACCCGAUGCGGAUCGUGAAGCUAAACCAAGGUCAAAAUCCGUAUCAAAACCAAGAGUUCCUUUUAAACCAAAGACCCUGGCAAGAUCUCAAACUGCACCAAUUGCUGAAAUUAAACCACUUCAACGAUCAAGGACAGAACCCCUCUCAAGAAGAAUUUUCUCCCCUUUGAGUAGAGAAAGUACGGUUUCGGAAGAUGCACCCGCUCCUCCAUCGACAACAGAUUCAUCUCUUCCACCACGGAUUCCACCGAGAAGGACUUCUACAACUGCUACUCUCGUGCCUUCUAACUCUCAAGCUCCUCCUGUUUUCUCAUUUUUGGAACCAACGCCUGAAGCUAUCUCAAGAUCAAGUUUAACUAGCCCAUUAUUUCCAGAUGCAGAUUUAAAUCCAUUUUCACCAAGACCCGGAGCUACUUUUAGUGCAAUGGUGGUGGAUACACCACCUCGAACGCCUCAGCGACCAAAACCAUUACACUCUCAUACCGAGGGACAACCCAGUCUUUUCGAAGCCUUAAAUUCACAUCCCGUGAUCCCCAUGCCAAAUAUCCCCACAAUCCUUACCGAAGAACCCGAAGGAAUCUCCGAGGAACCAGAAGGAAUUUCCGAAGAACCAGAACGAGAUCUCGAAGGAAUGGGAACUGGUACUGGGAUUGGUAUGGGUUUUGGAAUCGGUGAGGAAAUUCGCGGCAGGGAAAACCAAGAUCCAGACUCCAUGACAGGAGAUCUAACCCUGCAUUGGAAAUCUUCUCCUCUGUCGAGAUACACACAACGAACGGUCUUUUGGAUCGUACCACAUGCGAAAUUCGACAUAGUCUUCGGACACGACGAAACGGAUUUCAAUAUCCCGAUCCAAAAUCCUCCGAAGUGGGGACUUGGUACUUGGGGAAUCGGAGGAGGGGAAAGAGGGAGAAGGGGAGAGAGAAAUCAAUUUAGAGAGGGAAUUAGGAGGGGUGUUUUAAAGAAGGUAGAGGAGCAGAGCACAUUUUCGCUCUUGUAUAGCGCGACAAAUCUCAUGGAUGCUUGGUUGAGACCGCCUUAUUCGGCGAAUAUGCGUUCGCAUUCUGCGCAUUCGGAUUCAAAAACGCCCUUACUGGGAAACUCAAACGAGAAUGAGAAUGGAAAAUAUGGGGAUCAUCACGAGAAUAUCCACCAUACGGCUCUUACCUUUCCAGAAUUGGAAUAUCAACUUAGGAAUGAGUUGAAUUGUACGGAGGAACGCAGACGCAAACAUGAGGGAAAACGCGCGGUAAAUAUUUGGGAUGUUAGAGCUGGGAAGGCGGUUCUAGCUGAACAGGCCAAGGGAGCUAGUGGAGAGAUUAGAAAAUUGGUGGGGGCCGUGGUGAAGGAUGUUAGGGAGAGAGAUGGAGGAAGAGAUAAUGGGAAGAAAGUUAGGCAAAGUCCAAAUCCGGCUGGAGUUGGGAGAGCUCCUCCUUUGGAAGAAGAAGCUGAGACUGAAGCUGGAACUGGGACUGAAAUUACACAUGACAAAAUUGCUCAUGUAGAGAAUGCUCCUAGCUCUGCUGCUACCGUUAUUGCCCCAUCGAACUCAGAUGUUGCGAUCCCAGCUCAGCCCAAGUCUGAAAACGAAGCCGAACUUCCAAUCUCCGCUCCCCCAACAGACGCAACACAAGAAGCAUCUCAAGCGGCCAGCGAGCCCCUCCCCACACCACUUCCUAACCCUCAAACCUUCGAACUCUCUCCCACAACCGCAAAUGAGAGUCCAAGCUCUAGUCUGCGCGUCGAAUUCACAGAUGCCCAAAUGCAAGCCCAGAUUCAGGCGCAGAUGGACCGUGAAAUGGAGAGGGAGAUGGAGCGAGAAAUGGAACGAGAACUCCAGGAGCAAAUUGAUGCUGAGAUGCGAGCUCAGGCUCAAGCUCAGACUGAAGUUGAAGCUGGAGCCGCGCCUCCAGCUCUUCCUCCUCGUCCUAAACGCUCUGAAACCCAUUUAAAUGAACACAGUGAGCAAGAACACGAAGAGGAACAAGAAACCAAAACCGAACCCGAACCCAAAAACCUCAACAUUCACGCCUCCAUCUCCAAAAUCCGCUCCGCGCACGCCCAUCACGACGACGACUCCGCAGACGAAGAAGAAAACGAAGCAAUGUCUGAAAUUAUGAUAUCUAAAAUUCCCAUCCAGCGACUUCAUCUCGCUGAUGGUGCGGACGAUGCGUCUCUCGAACAGAUGUCUGUGAUUAAUUUUUCGCUCCCUGAUGCCACUUUCGGGACGCUAGAGGAGCGUUUUGAGAAAUUGUGGGAGUGGGAGGAUGAGGCGGUGCAUGUUGAGAGGGCGGUUUGGAGGAGUAGGUUUAGGGGUGUUUUGGGAGAGUUGUUGAGGGUUAGGGUGAGGGUUUAG